AGCGACUUCUUGGCGCCCUCUUCAUCGCACACCAAACAACCUCAUCGUACUGACGACCGAGUGACCUGUCCAUGGCUACUACGCAAUGUCUCCUCCACCAUUCGGCUCGCUUUGUCCUUUGCCAUCCCGCCUUUCCCUUCAUCAUCUACUGCCAACAUACACUCUCCUCAUCCCUCCUUCAAUUCAACUAAACCGUAAGCUUUCACACCCUUCGCAAACCUGACGAAAAUACCCUCUCGAUUUACAUUCCUCCUGGAUUUAUUCCUCUUCAUCGCCGCUAGCAACCCCAUGGCUCCCCAUCAGGCAAUUUAAGAUGGCUCCAACUAUGCCGCCAUCCGAGCCUCAAAACCUUACAACUGCCUCUAGACUGCCUCACCGAUCCUCAGCAUAUGCGUCGCGACGUCCACCAGCCCACAAGUCCGUGUCGCUGCUGCACUCCACUCCAUCCACCUCCAAGCUGUCGCCAUCUCGUCUACACGACAAGCACCGCAAGACCUCGUCCGUAACUUCACAACAACCUCCCCAGAGCAUCGUUGCCAAUCCGCCUUCCAGCUCUCCGUCUUCCGUACGACAGCCGAAGCAGAACAGCUCUGGCGAGAGUAGUGAUGCCGGCCGAUGGUUUGAGACCUCCAACAAUGAUGUGUGCCAGCGUAACGACUUCAGUCCCGAUAAUGAUCCUCCGUUCUUCCUUCGAAACUCGUCGUCUUCCGAGACGCCACCUGAGGGUACCAUCCCAUUUCCUCCCACACUGAGCGCUGUACAACGAGCCGGCCUUGGCAAUCUACAAACCGAAGGUAGCUCUGACGACUAUCGCAGCGUUAUAGAUGACUUGACUAUCGAGAACAAGCAACUGAAAAAGAGGCUGAAGAGGUAUGAAAAGAUGCACGACGCUCAUCUACAAGGAGAUCGCCUGUUCGAAGUUCGAUUCCACGCGCUGCCCCCUCAGAAGAAACGUGAAUUGGAGGAGACGCUUCGGAAGUUUGCUCUAUCUGUGGAUGACCCAGUUUCAACAGAAGUAUCAAAAUCUCCUAUGACUGGCAUUGGUACAGGUGCCUCACAAACAUACAUUCCGGGCACGCUCAAGCCGCGGAACACUGCCACUUCGUCUGGCACUUCUCGUGUCGCCGAUUCUGGAUAUGCGUCCAUGUCUGCGUCUGGACAAGGAAAUUCGUCGAUCCCGUCAGGCCAAGAUAGUGCUCAUUCCAAGAGUGUGUCAAGGCCGGCUUUCACUCGCAACAACUCCGAGAUACAUUCGUAUCUGCAUGAUAUACCUAUCGGUCUGAUGCCUCGAGGCAACACUACAGCCAUGACGGAGAAGAGUCGGAAAAAGCUUGUCGUCAGACGACUGGAGCAAAUCUUUGCCGGCAAAGGUGCCGUUGGUGGGCAUCAGCAUCCAAUGCAGCAGCAAGAGGUAGCCAAUUCUGCUGCUAUAGCUGACAGAAAAUUGAGCGAGGCUAAGGGGAAACAAUCCCAGAAGGAGGGUAAUCGUAUUGCCAAGAUCAUGCCGUCCAUCGACCAAGAUGAUGAGAUUGAGAGCACGGGUGCCAUUCAGCAUCAUGGUCUACCCGCCACUGUCGCUCAGCAAGACUUUGCUGACACAGCCUCACCGGACCAGAGACCAACACGACCACUCGACCUAGACCCUCAUCGAGAGCAGGUACCCUCUGAUAAUAUUGAAUACUUCCGCCACCUGGGUUUCACGCCGCAAGACCAAGGUCUGUCUCCUGAGGAUGACCAUGGAUGGCUAUACUUGAACCUAGUGAUAAACAUGGCACAACUGCAUACUAUAAAUGUCACAGUCGACUUUGUCAAGCACGCGGUGGAAAAGUAUAGUUCGAAGCUUGAGCUCUCAAAAGAUGGUCGCAAGAUUCGCUGGAAAGGAGGUCAAGACAUUACUCGGAACAGCAGCGACACCUCAUCUGAAAGACGUGAGGGCGUCUCGCCCGACUCCGUCCUUGAUGGCACUGGUGCGACAGGGUUAAAGAGGACCAUCAGUAGCAGCGACAACUCAGAUCCACGAAAGAAGGCGCAAAAGCUUGCGAGGCUACAGAAAGAGAAAGAAAAUAACAAGCUGUUAUACACCCCUAUAUUUCAUCACAAGGACGAGUCGGACGACGAGGAUGAUUGUUUGAAUAUGGAAAUGUCAUCGAUAUCCUCUCCUAUGCCCGGCCGCGACUCAUCUGCGUUUGCUAGUUCGGGCAUGAGGACUUCGUCUUCGAAGCGACGACGAGAAGAUGGACCUAUUAUCUUCUACAACAAGGCUAAAUUCUGCACGGACUUGAGCGGAGAUGCGAAUGCGGCUGGUCUUCCGAAUAAGAAUGUCACGUCUUACGACCCAGUAACCACUCGCCCAGUCGGUGAAGAUCUGAAUUCCGGAUCACCUUUGAGAGAUGUUUUUGAACGCCGCGAUAUUACCGGAGUUUUCCGAAACGUAGUGGACGACGUCGAAAUGAAGGACAUCAACAGCACACCUAGCUCAACAUCGUCCGAGUUCCACUUCUCCCUGAAGUCUCUUGAGAAUAACGCAAGCACAAAUAAACAAUUCAAAGCGUACGACUUCGAAGUUUCGGGUCUCGGCGGUGUCCAGCCGCAAGAUCAUUUUGCCAUCCACGUCGUCUCCCGCCACAUUAAGCAUGACGAGGAGGCUUCGAAGAAACGAGGCUCCCACCCUCCACACAAACUAGAUGCCGUAGUCGCGGACGCGCGCAGGUCUAAUAUCGCCUUUACCGACGAAAUUGUUUCCACCAAAACCGAAACACUCCCUGUCUCAACCCUCCCUCCUGCCUCUUUCCUUCCUCUCGACUCCUCCUCUCCAGACGCAGAGUUCUCCGAUGAUAGCGACGCCUCCGACGCAGACUCAGACGUCGACAUGCUAGACGAUCUGCGACCCCCAACCGUUAGUCGUCAACCUCUAUCCAAUUACCGCGACGACUCCUCGGACGAGGACGACUACACUUCUGAAGAAGACGAUGAUGAAGACGAUGACGAUGAUGACGACGACGGAGACGUUGAUUUUCUUGCCGGAGCAAGGAAGGUAGCGCCCGAGGCCGUGCGCGCGCAGGAGCGCGAGUAUGACUCUAAUGUCGCAGAGCGGCUUGCGGAGGAGAUACCGGCAGGUUCAUCUGCAGCGACAGCCGGAGGUGGGAGUGGGUUCACAAGCCCUGCGAGUAACACCGCAGCAGCAUCCGAAUUGGACCGUGGUGCGAGCCUGAGUCUGACGCAGACGGGUAAUAGCUUGGAUGUGGUACCAGAAUAGUUAUGAACCACGGGGUCAUGACAUGUACCAUUCUUUCAUGACGUCUUUUAUCUUAGCGGGCGUCUUGUUGCAUUUGCAUUUGACAGCGGGCCUGGGAGCUGUGUACGAUUGCAUUGUCAGUUGGCUUUCCACACAUAUAUAUACAUGCAUAGGCAGGCAUUCUAGACAUGAUUGUGGUUGGGGAAGAAAGGGUUUUGAACGCAUCAUCAUGUAUUAUGUUAGAUACCCCCCGAAAUGCCGAAAUCUUGAAAUACAAACCGU